UAGUUCUAUUCGUCAAUGUAUUAUUGAUAAUUACUUCCCUUGAACGGAUUCCAUUGUAAACAAACAGACAGACCCAAAUAAAAACGUAUUUUACGUCUUGAACAAACAAAAUGAGUGACGAUUUUGGUGGUUUUGAAACAGAAUCAAGCAAGAGAAAUGCAAAGCAAGGAAGACGUGCACAGUCUAAGCAAGCCAAGGCUCCACCAGCACCAGAAUUUGAAGGCACACCUGCAGGUGAUUCACCUCAACCAACACAAGACUUAGAUGAUGGCCCACCAAAACCAAACCGAGUAUCUGGCUGGGGAGAAGAUGCUCCUAGAAGAAGGGGAAGAAAUCUUGGUGAAGGCAUGGAACAGUUUGAAGAUGAACGGUUGAGACCACACAGUCCUGAUAAAAGUGAUGACUCGGACAAUGAUAUACCUGUGAUACCUGACCUGGAGGAGCAACAAGAGGAAGACAUAACACAAACAGUAGCAUAUGCUCCCAAUGUAGCAGUAAAUCGUGUAGCAACGUAUAAGGAACUAGAUAAUGAUCUACUACGACAGGCAGCAUUUCUUACUCUGGAUAAUGAGAUAGAUCUAAAACUUCUUACAAAGUCACUGGCUACUGAUGCAGAUCUUAUUGAGGAGGAUAAACCAUGGGAUUGGGACAGAUUAUUUACAGAAGUUACCUCUGAGUUGUUGACACAGUGGGAGAAAUCUGAACAAUCAGAAACUACUGAGAAAGAUACUGUUCCCAACGAAGCUUGAUAUCACAAGAAAUAACUGUUUAGGAUUGUUCUAUAACUUAUUUAAUUUAAAACUUUGAAGACUUAAAUGUCUUAAUUCUCUAGCUCUGACAUAGAUCUGUCAGUGCUUUUGAUUGAGAUUUUGUGACUAUUUAUAUUUACAGAAUAAUAAUGUUAAUUGACCUCUUGAUAAUAGUUAUUUAAGGAUCCCAGAUUGAAACAGAACAUUUAAAAAGAAGAGUCAGCAGUUUUAUUAUUGCUAAGUAAAAAAAAGUAGUAGUAUGACAGUCAGGACAAUAACUGGAACAAAAUUUAUGUGAUCAUGUCACAGAUAUACGUAAAGAAUUUGAUGUGUUCUUCUUAACAUUCCGUCCAUGGAUAUCAUGUGCUUUUUAUUACAGAAUUCUUCUAUUUGUGAAAUAUAUGUUACAUUUUGAAUGUGUAUCUUGUAAUUAUUUAUACAAAAUAUUGUAAUAAAUACAAUUAUAAUGUAAUAAAGAGUACUUUUUAUAUGACUUAAGCU